GAAACAUUUGGGGUCUUUUUUUGCUUCACGUGUGUGCCUGCUGCUAAGAACCAUGCCGAAGUCGAAGAGAGACAAGAAAAUUUCCUUGACUAAAACUGCCAAGAAAGGACUGGAAUUAAAACAGAAGUUAAUCGAAGAGUUACGGAAAUGUGUGGACACAUACAGAAACCUGUUUAUAUUUUCYGUGGAUAAUAUGAGAAAUAAUAAGCUUAAGGACAUCAGGACAGCAUGGAAACACAGCAGGUUCUUCUUUGGCAAAAACAAAGUCAUGAUUGUUGCUUUGGGGAAAGGUCAAACAGAUGAAUACAAAGAUAAUUUGCACAAGGUCAGCAAGUAUCUGCGUGGAGAAGUGGGAGUGCUUUUCACUAAUAARACAAAAGAUGAAGUACAAGAAUUUUUCARUCAAUUCAAAGAGAUGGACUAUGCUCGCGCAGGCAACAAAGCACAGAUGGACAUAACGCUGGAAGAGGGUCCUCUUGAACAGUUUCCUCACUCAAUGGAACCUCAGCUGAGGCAGCUGGGACUUCCCACUGCUCUAAAGAAAGGAGUGGUAACACUGCUGAAAGACUAUGACGUCUGUAAAGAAGGAGAUGUGCUCAGUCCUGAACAGGCUCGCAUUCUGAAACUCUUCGCCAUUGAGAUGGCAGAAUUCAAAGUGCAGAUAAAAUGUGUGUGGAACUCGGAAACAGGCGAGUUUGAGAACGUGGCUGGCGAGGAGGAACCUGCGCAGGAUAACGAAGAUGAAGAGGACGAUGACGACGAUGUGGAAUAAGACUUCUGCCAGCUUUUAACAGAUGGACUUUUAUUUUGAAACGUGUGGCCAUUUUUUWWAAUCUUCCAAAACAAACACRACUCUUGAAAUUCAUCCUUGGACUGAGUCAAAGGCCUUGUAUGCAUCCCCCAUGUUAAUGUGUUGGAGAAUGAAACAUUUUCUAUGAAACUGGUGUUUAAUUAAACCCCAUCAUUCACAUCUAAACUGCACACUUCUGAAAUAAUGAAAUCAUUGUGAUCAGUUUUAUUUAUAAAAGGCACAUUUAUUUACAUUUAUACAA